AUGCGGCAAGUAGCUCAAAUUCAGUCUUCACAGCAGGCACUAACGAAAUUAGUCGUUCUUCUCGACGAAGCAGAUGUUUUCCUGGAACAGCGGAGUUUGCAUGACUUGCAAAGAAAUGCGCUGGUCUCUGGUAUUGAGAAAUCUACAAGUCUUUUGUUUCAAGACUAAUAGUUUUCCGUAGUGUUUCUACGUGUACUUGAGUAUUAUGACGGUAAGUCAUCUGUCUCACUGGUAUCAUAACUAGACACUUAAUUACUCUCCUAUAGGAAUCUUGAUACUCACCAGCAACCGCGUCGGCACAUUCGACGAAGCCUUCAAAUCCCGCAUCCAACUCGCCCUCCACUACAAAAACCUGAAACUCUGGCAACGCCAUUCAAUCUGGAAGAACUUCAUCAACCGCCUCAAAGGCUUCUCCGCAACCCAUCGAGCAGGAACCGUCAGCAAACCCAAGCGACAAGACUCCUUCCUAUCCACCUCCAAGGCCGCCAACCGAGACCUAGGAACCGACACGGCCGAUCUAAAGAAACACCUCGACGAUCUCGCCAAAGAGGAAAUGAACGGCCGACAGAUCCGGAACGCGAUUACGACGGCCCGCCAGUUGGCAAUGUAUAAAGAGGUGCAGAUGAAUUACGGGCAUCUGAAGCAUGUUGUUAAGGUUGCGGGGGAGUUUGAUAGGUAUUUAUUUCAGUUGCACGAGGAGGUAGAUGGUAAUGAGAUUAUGCGGGAGUAUGGCGUUCGAUAG